AACAACCACACGCUUCCCACUUCACUCACCCGCCGAGGCCACAUUUAUUGCCGCCACGACUCGACACACUUACAACUGCAACAACUUACGCCACGCACACUUGUGGCUGCAUCGAUCAAAAUGGGAGAAUCAAGACAAGAACUCGUCGCAUGGCUGAACAACCUCCUCCAGCUCAACAUUACCAAGGUCGAACAAUGCGGCACUGGGGCAGCGUUAUGCCAGGUCUUUGACAGCAUAUUCUAUGACGUGCCCAUGGCAAGGGUGAAGUUCAACGCCAACACCGAGUACGCAUACCUACAGAAUUUCAAGAUAUUGCAGAACACAUUUGCCAAACACCAUGUCGACAAGCCAAUUCCCGUGCAGCAGCUGGUCAAGUGCAAGAUGCAAGACAACCUCGAGUUCCUCCAGUUUGCCAAGAGGUAUUGGGACCAGUACUUCCCCGGCCACGAAUACGAUGCGCUCGCCCGCCGUAACGGACAAGGUGGACUUGCCAGCACUGGCGCACCUGCAGCUCGCGCAGCCCCUGCCGCCGCCGCCCGGAGAGCCCCCGCUGCAAGCAACUCAGCAGCCCCGCGAACCCGGACACCGCUUGGUGGUGGAGGAGCCGCGAGCGCUGCUCUCCGUGAGGAGAAUAACGUGUUGAAAGAGACUGUGGCAGGUCUUGAACGUGAGCGGGACUUCUACUUCAGCAAGCUGCGCGACAUCGAGCUGCUGAUCCAACAAGCAAUGGAGGCGGACCCGGAACUCGAGAAGGACGAGGGCUUGCUCAAGCAAAUCCAGAACAUCUUAUACUCGACCGAAGAGGGUUUCGAGAUCCCCGCUGAGACUGAGGCUGGCGAAGAAGAGACGUUCUAGGCGGUUUUGAUUGAUGCAUUUGAGCGCGGGGCAAAGGCUGGGAUACCAUUUCCUUAAUGUUUGGUUCGACACGAGUCACGAAAAGAGUUGUGAGGAGGAAGAGGUAGCUUUCGUGAACGAGGUUGAUCGUUGAUGGAGCAGGGCACGCAUCACCUGUCUACAGGUGCCGGAUGCUCCGUGCACCAGUAGGCACAAGGCAAGCACAUAGUGAGCAAGACUUCUGUGAAAGCGGCGGACUAGUGCAUAAUUCCAACUCUCACAUUUUUCGUUCAAGGUCCUUCCCACCAUGCACAUUUCGUCAUCCCCAGGUCUUAC